CGCACACUCGCACCGAUGCGCGGCUCCUGGGACGAGUCCACGACGGCGGCGCUGCACGCGCGCAUCCUGGAGGCGCACCGCGGGCCCGCCGCGCCCGAGCGCGCUGCCGAGCCCGCCUCGCCGCCGCCGCUGUCGCUGGGCGCGCUGGAGCUGGCCGCGCCCACGCCGCUGCUGCCGUUGCCCACGCUGUCGUUCAGCGCUGCGCAGGUGGCCACGGUCUGCGAAACGUUGGAGGAGAGUGGCGACGUGGAGCGCCUGGCGCGCUUCCUGUGGUCGCUGCCCGUGGCGCACCCCAACGUGGCCGAGCUGGAGCGCUGCGAGGCCGUCUUGCGAGCGCGUGCCGUGGUCGCCUUCCACGCGGGCCGUCACCGCGAGCUGUAUGCCAUCUUGGAGCGGCACCGAUUCCAACGCACCAGCCAUGCCAAGCUGCAGGCGCUGUGGCUGGAAGCGCACUAUCAAGAGGCGGAACGCUUGCGCGGCCGCCCGCUCGGCCCCGUCGACAAGUACCGAGUGCGCAAGAAGUUCCCUCUACCGAGAACCAUCUGGGACGGCGAGCAAAAGACGCACUGUUUCAAGGAACGAACGCGAUCCCUUCUCCGAGAGUGGUACCUCCAAGAUCCUUACCCAAACCCGACGAAAAAGAGGGAAUUGGCGGCGGCGACGGGCUUAACGCCGACGCAAGUCGGCAACUGGUUCAAGAACCGACGGCAAAGAGAUCGAGCGGCCGCCGCCAAGAACCGCUCCGCCGUGUUGGGAAGAGGAUUCGCAUCCUCAUCGACGUACGACGAGGAUUCGGCUGACUCGGAGAUCAACGUCGAUGAAGAGUAGCCCUCGACAGACUGAUAGUGUAAAUACGGUGAUAAAUUGACACGGCGUUGUCCGUCGGACGACUCAGUGAUCGCGAUACAGACCAGUCUUCUGAGUAGAUUCAUGGCUUCGUGAUGUGAUGUUGAGGUAUUGUAAAUGUAAAGUUCACUGGGUAUUGUUGUCGUUGAGUGUUGAGCAGUGCUCGAAGUGAGGGGCAUCUUCACAGGUAUGUACCGAUUUAGUGAAUUGCCUUUCGAUUUGUAAGUAAAUUGUAAUCGAUUCUGUUGCUCGUUAGAUCCGCUGAGAGGUAUGACAGGGUUGAUUUUAGGUUUUAUUUUCGGUGGCAUGUCCUCGACCACCUUGAAGGGUCAGUAUAUAGAUUAUUUAUUAAAUGUACCGUUUUAUUUAUCUUAGUUAAGAUUCUAUUUUAUGCCUUCCCGAAGCAUUUACCGAAAUUUUUAUGCUACCAAUUUUUCCUACGAAAGAAUUUAUUUAUCAUAUCAAAUCUUUAGUUGUAACCUGUAAUAUAUUAGAACUUGUAGAUAAUUAUGUUUGUGGUAUAGAAUUUUAUAUUAGAAGGUUUGUACCUGACGUAAAACUUCGGUUAGUUGCCAGUUUAGAUUUAACCGUCGUUUUGGUUUUUUAUUUAUAGUGCCUAUCGGGGGUUUAAUUACUUAUAUCUGAUACAUUUGACAAAAAGUGAAAAGUUAUCGAAGUGAAAUUAGGGAUUCAAACAAUUAUUUCAAUGCUUCAUCAGCAAACAUCAAAAGAGCAUAUUGGAAUCCAAAGCUGUUCACUAGUUGGAACAUGGAAACAUGAGAUCCUCAGGGCUAUUGUCCUGUCACGCUUAAUUGACGCUGAAGUGAAGGGUCGUGCUAUUACAAAGCAUUCCUCACCUUUUUUUAUUAAUCAUAGUUGCCAUGCAAAAGUUUUAGUUCCUAAUUCAAUAAAAAAUAUAGAAUAGCGCUCUAAAAUCAAUCUUUAACAAUAGGUACCUAUUUAGAGACAGAUUUACUUACCUAAGUUAUGUUUUGGCUUUACCCAGUUCUGAUUUCCCUUUCUGAUUUAAAAUGACCCACG